CGAUCCCUCCUGCUCGCGUCGCAACCUCGCCUUAUUAUUUUUCCACUCCUCACCUCGAAUUAUUCCAAUAAUAAAAAUUCCACCCAAAUUUCCUCGAUUCGAUUCUUCCAGCGAGCUCCGUUCUCUCCUCUCCCCCCUCCUCCUCUCGCGUGGUUGCGCGUGCGAUCGGAGGCGGCCGGGCUCGAUCGAUCCGCGCCGAGAUGGUUGCCGUGGCGGCGGAGGCCCCGAUCCGCGCCGACGCCGUGCCCGCGGCGGCGGCGGCGGCUGCUGCGGCCGCGCCGGAUGCCGCCCCAGGUGAGGGGGCGGAUGCGGCCGCGGCGGUGGAGGCGGAGGCGGCGGGGAAGGAUGGCGGGGAGGAGGUGAGGGAGUACAAGAGCGACGCGAGGAAGCUGGAGGAGCUGUUCAAGAAGCUGAACCCGUCGGCCGAGGAGUUCGUGCCGCUGGCGCGCCGCCGCGGCGGCGGGGACGGCGCGCGCCGGCUGUCGGCGGACGCGCCCGUGUUCGUGUCCCCCGCGAUCGACUUCUACUCGCAACACCCGGUGCAGCAGCCGCCGCCGAUCCAGGUGCUCCCCGUGGUGGUGGGCGGUGGCGGGGGCGCGGGAUUGGACUCCAGCAGCGACGGAUCCACCAACGGCCAGCCGAAUCGUCGGAGAAGGAGUAGCUUCAACCAAGGGAGGAGGAGGAUGGGAGGCCGACCAAGGCGAACUGAUAGGGAGGAUAGUGUGCGGCGAACUGUCUAUGUAUCUGACAUUGAUCAGCAUGUGACUGAACAGAAGCUUGCUGAAGUUUUCUCAAAUUGCGGACAAGUGGUAGAUUGCCGUAUAUGUGGUGACCCAAAUUCAGUGCUGCGUUUUGCCUUUAUCGAGUUUGCCGAUGAUGUUGGUGCAAGAGCAGCUUUAACACUUGGUGGAACCGUGCUUGGUUAUUACCCUGUGAGAGUUCUGCCAUCUAAGACCGCGAUUUUGCCGGUGAACCCUAAAUUUUUACCUCGAACAGAGGACGAGAAAGAAAUGGUGUCAAGGACUGUGUAUUGUACUAACAUCGAUAAGAAUGUUCCUGAAGAUGCUGUGAAGAGCUUCUUUGAGGGGAUGUGUGGUGAAGUUGCUCGACUGAGGCUACUGGGUGAUUAUGUGCACUCCACAUGCAUCGCGUUUGUUGAGUUUGUUCAAGCAGACUCUGCUAUUCUUGCUCUGAGUUGCAGUGGCAUGGUCCUUGGAGCGCUUCCCGUCAGGGUGAGCCCGUCAAAGACACCGGUCCGGCCCCGUUCGCCCCGUGUGACGUCGCACUGAAACCCGGCUCUCUCAUCUGAAGCCAUCGUCCAGGGCAGCAAAGCCUCCUCUCUAGUCUGUGUGGCCUUAGAGACCGUCUGUCGCGUCGCGGAUCAGUAAUUGUCGUCGAAGAGAGUUUGUCCUUUUGGUUAUUCUACUAGUCUUAGCAGAAGGCCCCCUACAUACCGCGCUGAUGUGUUCUUGGAUCAGACAGAGACCAAUCUGUAUGUUCUCCGGGAGCUCUAUUUUGACCCCCUCUCAUCUCUCCUCUGCCCCCCAACUUAUCACCCCCUUCCCUUUUGUUAUUUUGUUAUCGAUGGAUGCUGUAGCGGCCUUUGACAGGCAUUGGAACAAAUAAUGUCUAUGGCUUGUCCUAUUUUCACCGGCUACGCUGUGAAUUGAUUCAUCAUCCCUAACUGGAGUAAACUCUGGUGGUGUUCA